AUGACAUCCAUAACUAGUGUAGUUAUUCAGAAUAUGCCGCAAAAGUUAAAAGACCUUGGAAGUUUUUCUAUUUUGUGCCAAUUGGACACAUUAAUGAUAGAUAAGGCUCUUUGUGAUUUAGGGGCUAGCGUCAGCUUAAUUCUUUUAUCUAUAUGUAGCAAUUCGGGUAUAGAAAAGAUAAAACCAACUAGUGUGACUUUGCAAAUGGCAGAUCGAUCGGUUAAGUUUUUAAUCGGGGUAUUAAAGGAUGUCAAUGCCAAAGUAGGGCCUCCCUAUAUCCCCACUGAUUUUAUCAUCAUGGACAUUAAGGAGGAUCCCCAUAUGCCCAUCAUUAGUGGUAGGAUAUUAUUGGUGUGCAUUGUAGACACUAUAAUUGAUGUUAAAAAAGAAAAGCCUAAUAAUGAACAAAAAAACACUGAGCUGAGAGAAAAGGAAAACCUGAGGGAGUACAAUAAAAAGGUUGGAAAAGACAAGAGGAUUAGAAAGGAGAAAGAGUAUGAAGUGAAUAAAAGGGAGGUUAAGAAGUACUUGCCACCCCAUAAAAUAAAAUAUAAAGGGAGUGGAUUGAAUAAAUGUGAAAUUCCUGAUAAAAGGCCAUGA